UCACUCUCUCUCUCUCUCUAUUUUCGCGCCGCCGCUGGUCGGGAUCCUUCCGAGCUCGAUUCAUAGGAUCUAAGAUCGAACCCUCUUUUAUUUUUUCUCUUUUCUUCAAGAUCCACUGUAUUGUUUAUCCGAAUUAGUGAUUUUGAUUUUGAUUUGUAAACCUCGUUUAAAUGGAUACUUCAAGAAUCUGUAAAUUCAUCUUGUUUUCUAUUCACCAUGAUGUAAUUAGCUUUCUUUCAGCUUUAGGGUUUUCAUUUUUUCUUGAUUCAUUUGUAUCUUUGCUUCGAUUGUAAUUGAAACCCUGCUUCUGUUACAAAAAAAAUGGAGGGUUCUCGUAGAUCCUUCGACAGAUCUCGAGAUCAACCGGGCCUGAAGAAACCCAGGUUAGAAGAAACCAUUGCCGACCGUAGCAGGUCCUUCGCCCAACGUCCUGCAUCUCUGGUUUCUGCUUCUCCGGCAUCGCGUUAUCGAAAUGGAGAUAUGGAAACAGACAUGGAAAGUAGUGAUCUUGUGAGAGGAACAUAUCCACAACAACAGCAGCAGCAUGAGCUUGUGAAUCGGUACAAGACUGCGCUUUCUGAGUUGACUAUGAAUUCAAAACCCAUCAUCACUAACCUGACGAUUAUUGCUGGAGAGUAUUCUCAACACGCAAAAGCAAUUGCGGCCAUCAUCUGUGCGAAUAUAAUUGAGGUCCCAAAUGAUCAAAAGCUUCCUUCACUUUAUCUCUUAGACAGUAUUGUGAAGAAUAUAGGAAGGGAUUACAUUAAACACUUUGCUGGAAGACUACCCGAGGUUUUCUGUAAGGUGUAUGGAAUGGUUGAUCCUUCUUUACACACCAGUAUGAGGCAUCUAUUUGGGACAUGGAAAGGAGUUUUUCCACCACAACCACUUCAGUUUAUCGAAAAAGAACUUGGUUUUUCAUCCGCUGUUAAUGGAUCAUCAUCAAGUUCUGCAGCAGCCAGGGCUGAUUCUCAGUCUAAUCGCCCGGCUCAAAGUAUUCAUGUAAACCCUAAGUAUUUAGAAGCAAGGCAGCGUAAUCAGCAGUUAACCAGGGAUCCACGUAGAGAGGCAUUUGAGAAGCCUGUACUUGAAAAGAAAAUUAAUCCAGCAUAUGUGGGCGAUAUUGAAUAUGGUUCCGAUCUUCCUAAACGCCAAAGCCUUGGAAUUGGACGUGUUAGUGACAGGAUUGCAGAUCAAGAUUCUGAGAAGACUUGGAAUGACGCUAGUGUUACAAGGACAAUAUCAAGCCAAAGAAAUAGUUUUGAUCCCAAACCAGGAAUAAAGAGCUUCAUACCGUCCAAAUCAACACAGAAUGAUGUUCAUUUAAAGCCAAUUGGGAAUAUCUCCAGCAGAAGCAGCACAGGGAUGAAUAGGAAUUGGAAAAAUUCAGACGAGGAAGAGUACAGCUGGGAUGAUAUUAAGCCCGGAUUUACUGACCAUGAAAUGGUUGAUCGUGGAAAAGAUCAUUGGAUGAUGGAUGAAACCGAGGAAAGGGGAAUCAACAACCGAACUAGUAGAGAAGCUUCUGUUGAACCACAUUCAACAGAUGGAAACAAUCAUCCAAGUUACUUGGAAACAUUACCUAAAUCUCUUACUACAAGUUCAUCGAGAAUUGGAAGCUCCCAAUCGGCUUCGCCAUUUCAACCACAGAAAGGAGCAUUGCAAACUGUGGUUAAAGGUGUUGGAACUGCGCAAAAUUCUCUGGCGUCCACAAAUUAUAAGCCUUUGACUUCUCGUUACCCCCCACAGGUACUCCGUGGCUCACCAGAACAAAAGAAUCCGGAUUUAAGAAACAAUAAACCCCAUGAUCAGUUUUCCCAGAUUCCUAUGCGGGGACAAGCCUCAAAAAGCAAUAUUAACCUGCAAAAAACACAACCUUAUGAACCUUCUGACCAUAAACACCCGCCGACUUCUGCCCAGACAAAGAAGUCAAAGUUACCCGAUAUCCAACCGUCUGAUUCUUUAAAAGGAAUGCCUAGCUCUACUAGUUUGUUGGAUUCCAUCAUGAAAAGUGGGGUACUCAAUAAUAGCUCUGUUUUGGGGAGACAUCUAGAUCGUGUUGCGGUUUCUCAGCCAAUUGUAGAGUCAGGUCCUUCUCACACAUUUCGGGUAGAAGAUGAGUCUAAUGGUCUUUCUCCUCUGGCCGAUGGACCAACUGUCAAAAAAUUGAAUGCGGGGAAAACUGCGGAUAACCCGGUAUCAAGUCUGCUCGGUUCAUUGGUCGCGAAAGGCUUCAUAACGGCAUCGAAGAAAGAUCCUCGGAAACAGAUCCCUUCCCUUAUCAAGAAUAAUGACAGCAUAACUGUGACUCCAAGUUUGGAGCUGAUUCCAGUUCCCUCAGUGGACAAACACUCUCAUCCUGAAUCAUAUGUGGAAGAAAUAAAAGCUCUAAUUGGGUAUGAAUUCAAGCCAUCUGUAAUUCGUGAACCACAUCCAUAUGUGAUGAGUGAACUCCUCCAAGAAGGUCUUCCCCAUUCGUGUUUGAUUUGCAGCCUUAGGUUUAGUUGUCUGAAACAGCUUGAUAGGCAUAUGGAGUGGCACGCUCUUAAAAGUCGCGAAGUGCAUGGUUUGGUUAACGCUUCAAGGAACUGGUAUGGGAAUCUAGACGAUUGGGUCGCUGAAAAAAGAGAGUUGCCCUUUGUUCAUGAAUUAAGGGAAGAAAGCGACGAAUGCAAUCAAAUGGUGCCUGCUGACGAAAAUCAAUCUCUUUGUGUUUUGUGUGGCAAUCCUUUCGAAGACGUGUAUUCUCAUGGAAGGGGCGAAUGGAUGUUUAAGGGGGCUGUUUACAUGACCAUGUCAUUAAUAGAUGGGGAAUUAGUAACAUCAGGAGAUGAGUCGACUCAGGGUCUUAUUGUCCAUCCUGAAUGUGUAACGGAAAGUACAAUCGAAGAUUUGGGAUUGACUAGUGAAAACAACUGAAUGAUUACAGUUUGGUAGCGGAAUUGGAAAGUCUGGGGAUGGUUUCAUGAAUUUACUAUGAUUGGUGUUGGGAUUUUUCCUUAUGAAUGUUUGCUAUAUAGAGAAAUGGUAAUAUAUGAGAUUUGAAACUCUUCUGGUGAUUGUCUUAUUGUAGUAGAGCAUAGUAGAGAGUAGAGUGUAAGGUUUUAUAUUUAGUUCUUCUUUAAUUUUGCUUAUCUAGAAGAUGAAGAAAGCAAUGGAAGAGGGAUAUUGAUCAUCAUUCAUUCAGCUUCUUAUUUUAUAUGUGUUUGAAUUGGGGAGCUAGCUUAACUUUAUGAGUUGAGAUAUGUCCAAAGCCAAUACAUUCUACAUUUGGAAGGUACAACUUUUACUAUAAUUUCAGACAUUUCUUUCUUAGUAAAUGCAAAUGGAUAUAGUGAUAUUCAUGUUGUGGAGUGUUUUAUGUUUUCUUUUAUAUUCAUAAGAAUCAAAACUCUCUACUUUAUAUUU